UUUGUAUUGAUACAUAGCUAAGUGACAUAAACUAAAUGAGUUUAUAGUGCUGGUGUUAGGUUAGGAUAAUUCCUCUAGUGUUAAUUCCUUUUACUAAUUAUUCGGUUUAAGAAUAAUGCAACAAGAAAGCGACGAUCCCAUGCUCCCACAGCACAGCCAAAAUGGCGACCAUGACUUCACCUUACAGGACCCCGAACACCCUGUUUCUAUCCCUGUGGACUGCACAGGUAUCGUAGACCAAGUCGUAUCCAUCGUAUCCGAGCGACAGAAGGCCGAACUACGUCGGAUACACGACACACUAGCCAACAUGAACACCUUUAUGGCAAGACUUAGCCACCUGACAGAACCUAUUGCCCCAGAGGGGACCCGGUCUAGUCUUAAUCCUAGCCCCAAUGUUCCAGAUGGAACUCUGGCUAGCCAAUCCAGUACCCAACAGGAGGAAGAAAGAAUAUCUAUCACUGGUUCAAACCUCUGGUUUAGAUCCACGCGCUCAGAAUCGCCUUCUUCCAAAGAUGAAGCACCAGAGCAUUCUAAAAAGGGUACCAAAGAGCCAGCCCAAGAGUACUGGCAACAGUCCACUGAUGACUAUGAAGAGGAAAGCAAGGCCUCGGGACCAGAAGUCACGUCAUCAGUGGCAUGUGCCGCCAAAGUGUUUUGGCAAAAAAGGCUCAAGGGCGAUGUUCUCAAGCGGAAGUUAGAAACGGCAGCAAUUCCAUCGAACUGCAACUUUCUACUCCCAAAGAGAACAAACACCGAAAUUUGGAAAACACUUUCCAAUUUUCACAAGUCCACUGACGUAAAGAUGCAGGACAUCCAAAACAUGCACUCAGCGUAGGUUGCUAUGCUUCUGAAAGCUUCAUCUACGUUGGUGGAGAAAUUCGGUGAUGCCAACGCAGACACAAAGGGUCCGUUAAACGACCUUAAGGACGCCAUGAACCUCGCUGGUAAGACCUCCCAGCUGCUAAAUCAGGUCAGGCGAGACUUAAUUAAGCCUUCCUUGCCAAAAGAGUACGUAGCCUUAGCUACGGAAGUGGAAGAGGAUUCCGAAUGGCUGUUUGGUUCCUCCGUCUGCGAAAGGCUUGAGAAGCUGAAAAAGGCAGUGGAAAGACAUAACUACCGAUGGGGAGAUCCUCCAGACCGUGUCUGGUUUGCAAAUUCCAGUAAACGGGAUGCCCCAAACCACAUAUCGGACAUACCCCCUAGAUAGAAAAAAGAAACUCUUCAUUGACGAAGAAAUACAAAGCCUUUUGGGGAAAGGUGUAAUAAGGUUGAGCAGUCGCGAACCAGGCAACCUUAUCUCACUCAUAUUCGUCACAGAGAAAUCAGACGGUGGGUUCAGGCUCAUCCUAAACCUCAAAAAACUCAACGUACACAUUGAGAAAAGAAAGUUUAAGAUGCAUACCUUAACGUCCAUUCUCCGAUUAAUCCAAAAGGACAUGUAUCCGGCAAAACUUGAUAUCCAGGAUGCAUACUAUAGCAUACCAAUACACAAAGAAAGCCAGAAGCUCCUACAAUUCGAACAUGAGGGUAAGGUAUACGUGUUCCUGGUACUCCCCUUCGGCUAUACAGAAGGACCUCUAAAAUUCACCAAGAUAAUGAAACAACCCUUAUCUAAAUUAAGGAAGGAACAGGUCACCAUUGCUGACUACAUUGACGACUCACUAUGAACGUCAGUAAACAACAGUGCUGCAAUAACGUACACAAAACCGUUGUUUUGUUAGAUUCACUGGGAUUUACGGUCCACCCAGACAAAUCCAAGUUUGAACCAAAACAAGUUUUGGAAUUCCUUGGAUUCGUCAUCGAUACAGUGAAUAUGACCGUCGCUCUCACCCCCAAAAAGAAGGCAGCCAUAAUCGAUCUGUGUCAAGCUGUGACACAGAGAGAGAAGAUAACAAUAAGAACUCUAGCGCGAUUAAUUGGUAAGUUUACCAGCAGCCUCAUUGGGGUACCACACGGUAGACUCUACUAUAGAUCUACCGAAAGACUAAAAAUUGAGUCCUUAAAAAAGAGCGCCGGAAACUUUGAUGUGCAGAUCACAUUAACCCCUAUUGCCAUGGGUGACAUAUCUUGGUGGAAGAAUAAUUUAUGGGGUAGCAUAUCCCCAAUAGUUGGAGGCAACCCUCAGGUCAUUAUAUCCAUGGAUGCCUCAACAAGAGGUUGGGCGGCGUCAAUGACACAAACCCACACAGGGGGUGAGUUUUCAUCUCUGGAGCAGGAACACCACAUAAAUGUCCUAGAACUAAUGGCAGCAUUCUUUGGACAAAGAGCCUGCUCUUUGCAACCAUACUGCAAACACUACCAUAUUGCUAAAAAUGGAUAACACUGCAGCAGUAGCCUGUGUAAACAAAAUGAGUAGCGUAAAAUCUAUCCCAAUGGAUAAGAUUACACAUAGCAUUUGGGAAUGGGCAAUAAGCAAAAAUAAUUGGAUAGUCGCUACACAUCUUCCUGGCAUUCUUAACGUAGAAGCAGACAGAGAUUCGCGACAACAGGAGACAAGAACAGAAUGGAUGUUAAACAAAUCAACAUUCCGCUAUGCACUGAACGAACUGGACUUCCGUCCAGAAACAGACCUCUUCGUGAGUAGAAUAAACACGCAGUUACCUGCCACAAUAUCUCGUUUUAUGCCUUUCCACCCUUCGCCUGCCUUCCCCAGGUAAUUCAAAAGAUCCAUAGUGAUAAGGCAGUAGGUAUCCUGGUAGUUCCGGACUGGCCUAACCAACCAUGGUUCACAGGGUAUUCUGAACUAAUCAUUAAGGAAAUUCUUGUGUUACCUAGAAUGGACCUAUUACUGCUUCGACAGCAACCAAGUGUCUUUCAUCCACUGCACCCAAAUCUUAGUCUUCGGAUAGCAAUUGUCUCAGGGAGGCAAUAAACCUAAAACAGUCAUGUUCUGACGAUCUUAAACAACUGCUCACUGCAUCGUGGUCAGAAAAAACCCAAUAUAAUCUCUAUUUAAGGAAAUGGCUGAAGUUUUGUAAAAGUGAAAAAAUGCCAGAACCUUAUGGGGCUAGUCAUAAACAAGGUAUGGACUUCCUUGCUUUCCUUGUCCACGUAGAAAAGGCAAGUUAUGGAUACAUCGCAGCGGCAAGGUCAGCCUGUCAGCUGCAUUACCAAAGGAUGCAGGAACAAGCUUUGGUAAAGAACGAGGACGUUAGCAGACUAAUCAAGGGAGUUUUCAAGCUACGUUCUUCCCUACCAAAACACACUGUGAUAUAUGACCCUGAUGUAAUAUUAAACUAUAUGACAACCUUGCCUGGUACCAGCACCUGGAGUUAGAGUUACUAACGAAAAAACUAGCCACCUUGUUGUGUCUCCUGAGUGGCCAGAGAGCCCAGACAAUAGGUGCCCUAAAGGUUAACUUUUGUCAUCGAUCUUCAGAUAGGUACACUUUCUACAUCUCUACAAUCAUGAAGACAACAAAACCAGGCAAACAUCAGGAACCUCUGCAAUUUGAGAAGUACCACCUCGAUAACCGGAUAUGUAUAGUCCACUGCCUAGAUGAAUACCUGAGGAGGACAGACCUUAUACGAGAGAACCUUGAAAACCAACCAAGGGAACUACUUCUCUCCUAUGCAUAUCCCCAUAAACCUAUCGGAAUCACCAUUGCAAAAUACGUUAAAACUUUCUUAGGCUUGGCUGGCAUCGAUAUUAAGACGUUCAGCACCCAUUCUACAAGGAGUGCGUCUACCAGCAAGGCAGAGGACAUAAGCGUACCUAUAAAGACAAUCACAAAAGCGGCAGGCUGGAGAGGCCUUAGCACGUUUGCAAAACAUUACAAAUUGCCCAUAAGCAAGAACUUUGGGAACGCACUUCUUAAAUGUUUAUAAACACAUUUACUUGCGUUAGAUUCUGUAUAUAUAUAUAUGUAAUAGACAUGUACCGUUAUGGUACAUUGUGGCAUUGCCAGGAGUUAUAACAGACAAACCAUAAAUAUGUAGUUCUGUUUAAUCAUAUACUGGUCCUUGCCCAGUUUUUACUGAACUGUUUGUUGAAUCCAAAAUAGGUGGCUUUGAAAUCUCAUUUGAAUACUUACGAUCAGAGGCUAAAUUAUUAUUUACAAAAUUAGACAAAUGAAAUGAAGUUUAAUUAAAAUAAUAAUUUAGCUCUGAUCUAAGUAUUCAAGUGCCCACCACCACUCCCCUAACACCUUUAGCACUAUUAUUCACUAUUUUGGCCUUCACAAUGGGUCUUUGAAGCAGGAAAUUUACGGAAGCCGAAUCUCACUUGAAUACUUAGAUCAGAGCUAAAUUAUUAUUUUAAUUAAACUUCAUUUCAUUUGUCUAAUUUUGUAAAAAAGAUGUAGCGUAUCUGCAAAAUUCCACUGGCAUCAGGCACAAAAAACGCGAAGUAAGCCGUCUAUAGCUAACACACCUGAAGAUAGGAAUUCUAACAUCAGGCACCAGUAGGUAUGUGUGAAUAUGCAGUUCGUGAUGGAAUUUAUUCAUUACAACCCGAUUGUAAGAAAAACAACCGAUUAAAACGUUAUGAUGGAAGAACAGCAAAAUAGCAUAUUAUAAACAUGAAAGUCGUUUUUGUUCUAUGGUAAUAGUUGUUGUGAUUGUUAUAAAUAUAUAUAUAUAAAAAUGAGUAAAAUUUGAAAAACCAGAAAAAGACGAUUGCUGUAAUAAUAUCUCCUAUAUAAUUUGAAAAAAGUCCGUCUGGGUGUGAGGCAAGGUAAAUUAUAUUUUCUACAAUUUUCUUUGCCUAAAGAAACAUCUUCUAAAACUAUGUUCUGUAUUUUGAAACUUCUUUAAUUGUCUAAAACAAAUCACAUGAUAAAAGGAAAUAAUUUCAUUAGCUGGGAAUUUUGGCAGUUUUACCCUAAUUUUAAUUUGCUAAAGGUUUUUUAAAAUGGACUCUUAUUAUACGAAUUUAUGUUUUGCGUUUGAAUGACGUUUUUAUAUGUCGAAUAUCCCAAAUAGAAAUUACUAUCUGCAAGGAAUCUUUUUACUCCUUGAUGGUUACUCAUGUUUCUAAUCAAAUAUUGGUAGAGCUUAGAGAUAUUUUAUAAUUUUGUUGUUUUGUACAACCCAUACUCAAUUUAUUUUGUUUUGUAAUUAUCUAAAAAAUAGAAAGUAACGAGCUGUGACUAUUGAAGACUGUUUACUUUUUGUUCUCAUUUUCUUGUAAUUUGAGUUAUUGUCGUGAG